GUGGAUCAUCCAUAAUUUUAUGGUGGCUGUAGACGAUACUGUCCAUGCCAGAGUGGCAUUUUUCACUUUUUCUGUGUCUUCGUUUCUCUUCUCUGUGGCUGAUUUCAAUUUCAAUUUGGAAGCCAACUUUCGCAAUCUGCAACUCCAAAUCGUCGAUUCCUUUCAAAAUAUAUACAGGGCAUUAUUGGUGUUGUUUUUGAAUUGUGGUUGAGGGAUUGAAGUAGAGUUAUAGGUAGAGAGGAUGGCAUGUAGGGGAUGCUGGGAGUGCCUUUUGAAGCUUUUGAACUUCAUACUGACCCUGGCUGGUCUGGGCAUUGUGGGCUAUGGAAUCUAUCUUUUUGUGGAAUUCUCUAAAGCUGCGGAUGAUGACAUUCCGGAUAUUUCUCCUGUCAGUGAUGAUUCUUCUCUGAUUCAACUUGGCCGGCCUAUGCUUCUGGCCGUGUCUCUAUCCAACAGCUUCUUUGAUAACUUACCCAAUGCAUGGUUUAUUUACUUAUUUAUUGGCAUUGGAGUAGUUCUCUUUGUUAUUUCUUGUUUUGGUUGUAUUGGAGCUGCAACACGAAAUGGAUGCUGCCUGAGCUGUUAUUCAAUUUUGGUGGUAUUGUUGAUCUUGGUAGAGCUGGGAUGUGCAGCCUUUAUAUUCUUUGACAAAAACUGGAAAGAAGAAAUUCCAACAGACAAAACUGGAGAUUUUGAUGUGAUAUAUGGAUUUCUGAGAGAGAAUUGGAAUAUUGUGAAAUGGUUUGCUCUUGGAAUUGUUAUCUUUCAGGCCAUUCUUUUCCUGUUAGCCCUUAUUGUUAGGGCUGCAAAUAGGCCAGCAGAUUAUGAUAGUGAUGAGGAGUUCAUUAAUCCAAGGCAGCAAGCACGGCAACCAUUGCUCAACAGACCAGCAGGCACAGCAACGGGGGUACCGGUUGCUGGGACAGUUGACCAGCGUCCAAGCAGAAAUGAUGCAUGGAGUACACGGAUGAGGGAGAAGUAUGGGCUUGAUACUUCGGAAUUUACAUACAACCCAUCUGAGUCACACAGGUUCCAGCAAGUAAAUUCACAGCAAACUGAGGAAAAGAGCCGCUGCACCAUAAUGUGAUCUCUUUUGCUGAGUUUGUGUAUACAUACAACUAACUCACUCUGUUCUGGAUCACUCCAUAACAUGACCAACAUCAUCUUCGUGUUAGUGUGUAAUAUUGUGAUGAGACGUCAAAGUUUACUGUGGCGUUGCUUAUGUUCAUAGUUAGGGGGAGAAGUGAAGUCAUUAGAUGCCCAUGUUGCUGCUUUCAAAGCCAAUGUCUUUCGUCUCCCUUGAUUUGAAGUGGCCCUUGGCCAUCACUGGCCAGUUGGGAAAACUAUGAUUUGGUCCUUAAAAGAUUUGAUCGUCAUUAAUUUGAUU